AUGGGAACGGCUGUGGGCCGCAGGGAAUGCUGGGAUUGGCAGGACGCUCUGGCCCGCUGGCGGACUCUCGUCGCUGCUCCCCGCGCACGGCGGCGCCUCCUGGGAGGCGCAAUCGUUCUUCCCGCCCGCCAGGGGGCGCCCGCGGGUGGUGGCGGCGCUCUGGGCGGCAGUGAGCGCGCGCGAGGCGGUGGCGGCGGGAGGUGCCUGAGGCGGCGGGGCCGGGGCCGCACCAUGUCGGGGUCGGAGUCGGAGCAGGACCAGGAGCAGUACUCCUCGGCCGAGGACGACGACUACGUGCCCUCAGGUGCGGAGUACAGCGAGGACGACGAGAGCGAGCUGGUGCGGGAGGAGGAGCCGGCGGACAGCCCGCGGCCGCCCCGUGGCAGGAGGAGCCCCCGCCACCCCCCCGGCAGGAAGAGGAAGAAAGGAGGUCUCUUGCUAGAGCCAGACGAGAAAGAGGAAGAAAAGGCUCAGCAGAAUGGAGAGGAGGAAGUGGAUAAUGUAGAGCAGGUGGAAAGAAGCAGAGAAGAAGAAGAAAAAAAGAAAGAGGAUGCUCUUUGGGCCAGUUUCCUCAGUGACGUAGGACAGAAACCCAAAGCAGGGGCUGCCACGCAAGGGACACAAGCCAAGAAGGCUGAAGAAGAGAAGAGUGGCAAUAAGCUUCAGGACAAGCCAAAAGAUUCAGGAAAAGUGACAAUCACCAAAACGUUCGAUUUUGCUGGUGAGGAAGUCAAAGUGACUAAAGAAGUGGACUCAAACUCAAAGGAAGCUAAAUCUUUUCUGAAGCAGCAAGAGAAACUGCAGUCAGCAGCUCCAGCUUCGCUCCCAACAGUCUCGGGGGUGAAGAGGCCAAGCGGGAUGAGCAGCCUCCUGGGGAAGAUUGGCGCCAAAAAGCAGAAGAUGAGCACACUGGAGAAAUCUAAACUGGACUGGGAGAACUUCAAGGAGGAGGAGGGGAUUGUGGAGGAGCUGGCAAUCCACAAUCGAGGGAAAGAUGGGUACAUCGAGAGGAAAGCGUUCCUGGAGCGCGUGGAUCACAGGCAGUUUGAAAUCGAGCGUGACAUCAGACUGAGCAGGAUGAAGCCCUGAUGUGCCAGGGGUGGCCGUGGUGGAUCCUGCUCCCUUCUGUGCCCGAGGGCUGUCUGGGGGCUGCCGGCCACCACUGGACCACCCAGCACGGAAACCGUUCUCUACCCAAGACUCAGCCUGUACAUCUCAACGUGCAGGUUUUUCCUUUUACUGUAAUAUUUUGGGGAGGGUAUUUGUCAGUGGGCAGGGGGCACUUCGAGGGUUAAAUGGCCCAGCAGGUGACAGAAGACACGGGUCUGAUUCUGGCAGCAGCUUUCCAAGGAGAAGAGGAGGUGGCACCAAUCCUUUGCCAACCCCAGGUGCUUCUGGCUGCAGGAGGAGCCGCCAAGGCUGGAGGGUGCUGGCAUAUUUGGUGGUGAGAGUGGAGCUGCGGGAAGGUUCUGUGGCUGCUCUGUGUGUGCGAACUGUGGGCUGGAGCCCUUCUCCCUGCUCUGCCAGCCCCGCAGCACUCCCUGCCCCUCCGCCCUCUGCUCCUGUCCAGACAAAGCCAAACUGUCUGUACUUGUUUGUGGGGUCUGAUGAUGCUGGGGGGGGUGUUAAGCAAGCUGAUGAAGAAAUCUUCCUUGUUCACACUGUCAAGAAGAUGGGAGCAGCUGCAGCAGGCAGGAAGGGCCAGAAUCUGAGUGUUCACAUGAAUAAAGUAUUCCAUCCCAACA